AUGGCCGCCGCCAGCAAAAGGGCGGGAGGAAGCGCGUCAGGUAAUUGCAGGCGCGAGAAGGCGGGAUCUGAGAAAGGGCGCAAAAUUGAGCCGCGGACUCCUGGGAAUUGGGAAUCUGAAUCGAAAGGAAACCGCGGCCACAAAUGUGAUAAAAUCGCGGAGGCAAAUCCCGCCGAUUUUUAAAGGGGAACAAUGGAGAUAAAGUUUAAAAACUGUUCAGAGACGUAAAUAAACCAACAUGUUAGGUAUAAUUAUAUGUAGUAAGGGUAUUGUGUACUGACAAUAAAUUGUGUGAGAAACUAGUGAAAAUUAAUGUUUGAUAAACAAAACAUUACCACAGAAAAUUAUUUAAAAAUGAUAAUAGAGAUGUGGGUGCUAUAAAAAUUAACAAAUUAAUGAGAAAAUUAGUUCAAAUAUUGCAUUAAAGGCAAAAAACAUAAGGCAAUAUAAUUGGAGCAGACUCACCUGGGAGGCAAGCAGCAAAGAAAGAGGACUUGGGAGGAGUUUGAUGACAUCAUAUAAUACUGUUAUACACUCUGGUUGAAUUGUUUUUACACUAUUGUUAACUAUUUCUUUGCUGCUGGGAGGUUCAGUAAAGAAAGAUAAGCAAAUAUGAAGCCUCCUGUCUUGCCAUAAAAUUAAUAUACCUGCAAUGUUAGAAAUGAAAACAUUUGGGUUGUUCGUCUAACUCGGAGUUUAAGCAAAUUAAACUCAAAUGGCAAAAUGUUUUUCUAAAUCAACUAUAAUGGCCUCAAUUUUGCCGCUCUGAUUUAAUCGGCUAAAAUUCAACAACGUUGAUUGUGUUAACACAUUUGAAUAUAGGGCAACAGGGUAUUUAAUUUCAAGAGUUUGUUAUAAAUGCAGUGCAUAACAGGGGAUAGCCACUUCCAUUUCUCUUGCAUGCCAAGAACCUCCACUAUAAUUUUUUUUAAAGAUAGCUUAAUAGUAGAUUAAUAAUGUUGUUGAAUAACAAUAUUCAGGGCUUGCAAAGUUUUGCAUAACUGAUCAAAUCAUAUUGGUGAAUUAUUUUAUUAAUAUUUUUAAGCAUUCUAAUGCAUUAACUUUGUUAUAAAACAUCCUUAUUUUAUAUAUUUUUCCCAUUUCCCACAUCCAUAUUUAAAUUGAGGUUGCAUUGCUAAUUAUUGUCUUAAUUUUAGGGUUUGUUAUAUAUUUCCAAUAUUAGAGUUAAAGCUGCAGUAUGUUCAUGUGCAUAUUAUAUAUAAUAAUGAUGUAUUUUCUAUUAUCUGUCCAACCCAACAUCACCAUGGACAGCCAAAUUACAGAAUGUUAGCCACAUUAAAAAUAAAUGUGUUAACCUAUGUUCAGGUACUGACUGCAUGCCAGCCACACAGAAGACCCACCCUAUAUAUAAAGUAAAUACACCAACGUUUAGUGCUGUGUUUUAUUAUUGAUAAUUGUCUUACCUUACGUUUAAAAUGAAACUGCCGGAAGUGGCCUUUUAAUGUCAUAGAAAGAAGUAUAUGUGAUGCUCAUUUGGGGUAUAGUGCCUGUUUUUAUUUGACAGAAUAAUGAUCCUAGUACCAUUGUGUGCAGUUUAAUAUGAAAAUGAUGUACUUGUAGUCCAUAUUGGCAUGCUUUCAUGGACAAUGUCUGUGGAUAUAAUGAACAUCUAAUUCCAUAGCUCCCAGCAUGUCAAAUGGGCAAAGACACUUCAAUUUUAGGGGUGACUAAGGUGUGUGUGCCCAGGGAUGGGACUGUUCUGAGAAACUAUUAGUGACUCACUGAUCAUUUAUGCAACUAAAAUGUAAUUUAGAACAAGAAGAAUGCACCUUAUUUACACAGAUUGAUUUGUGAACACAUUUUAGUUAUUUUAGUUGAAAGGCCCCUUACAGUGAGUAUUAUUGCUAAGGAGAUCUGUAAUACACUGAAACACGCAAACAACAUGGAACUCCUGAAAAAGGCAGAAAUUAGGAUAGAAAAUAGGGACAGUUGAGAAACAUGUAAUUCCUUUAUUACAAAGAAAAAUAUGUUAAUAUUAUGUAAUGUAAAUUAUUUCCUGUUGUGAUAUGGUUUGGUUGAAAAGCACAUGAAAUAGCAUUGGGGUAGCCGGGAUGGCUUGUAGUUGCAGGAUGCAGCCUGUAGGUGGUGCAGGUAGGCCGCAAAGCGCCUUGUCAUGCCGGACUCGGACUCUAGAGGUCGCUCUGCCACCGCUGCCAUCCAUGUGCUCUCCACCCCUCCCCGAGCUCCAGUGAGGGAAUGUGAUGCGGGCUCCGUGUCAGCACUGUGGGCCAGGCUUCCUAUUCAUACCGGAGCUGUCAAACCAGCCCCUCUCACCGAAACCACCGCGCUCCCUACCGGAAAACCAGGGCGGCCGGGCCGGGGGCUGUGUGCUGUGCCAUGCGAGCCGCUCCCGGGAGGACGAGGACGGGUGCCAUGAACGAGGCCGGUUCUGCCUAGCUGGAGCUGCGGGGAUGGAGCACACCGAGCUCCCGUGGGAGUCUGCACCGAGCGCACACUGACAGCCGUGAUUACCGCAGGCCCCGGGACACUGCGCUUUACUCCUCCACCGGCACAGGUAGGAGCAUCCUCCCCAUCUCCCCAAUCCGUGUACCAUGAACAGAGCUCCCUCCCCAUCUCCCCAAUCCGUGUACCAUGAACAGAGCUCCAUCUCCCCAUCUCCCCAAUCCGUGUACCAUGAACAGAGCUCCAUCUCCCCAAUCCGUGUACCAUGAACAGAGCUCCAUCUCCCCAAUCCGUGUACCACGAACAGAGCUCCAUCUCCCCAAUCCGUGUACCAUGAACAGAGCUCCAUCUCCCCAAUCCGUGUACCAUGAACAGAGCUCCCUCCCCAUCUCCCCAAUCCGUGUAACAUGAACGGGGCUCCCUCCCCAUCUCCCCAAUCCGUGUACCAUGAACAGAGCUCCUUCCCCAUCUCCCCAAUCCGUGUACCAUGAACAGAGCUCCAUCUCCCCAAUCCGUGUACCAUGAACAGAGCUCCAUCUCCCCAAUCCGUGUACCAUGAACAGAGCUCCAUCUCCCCAAUCCGUGUACCAUGAACAGAGCUCCCUCCCCAUCCCUGUGCUGGCCAGAGCUCCCUCUCCAUCUCUGUGUUGGUCAGAGCUCCCUCUCCAUCUCUGUGCUGGUCAGAGCUCCCUCUCCGUCUCUGUGCUGGUCAGAGCUCCCUCUCCAUCUCUGUGCUGGCCAGAGCUCCCUCUCCAUCUCUGUGCUGGCCAGAGCUCCCUCUCCAUCUCUGUGCUAAGCAGAGCUCCAUCCCUAUCUCAGUAUUGUGCUGGCCAGAGCUCCAUCCCUAUCUCUGUAUUGUCCUGGCCAGAGCUCCCUCCCCAUCUCUGUAUUGUCCUGGCCAGAGCUCCCUUCUCACCUGAAUAUUGGGUUGCCCAAGGCUCCCUCCCGAUCAUAGCUCUCUGCUGCCCAGAGCUUCCUCCCCACCUGAAUAUUGGGCUGCCUAGGUCUCCCUCCCCAUCAUAGCUCUGUACUGCCCAGGGCUCCCUCCCCCUUUAUCCAUUAUCCUUCACUGACAGCCUGCAGUCCUGUACUGUGUGCCUAGCAGGAGCAAUGAAUGGAUACCAGUGACAUAAGAGCUUUUUCUGCAAUUUCUGUGAUCUUCUUCCCUAGGGCUGGCUGGGCAUCAUGGGGAGUGUUGUUCAAACCAUGUGGGAUGAUGCAAUGGUUAGCCCUCAUGUAGAAUGCUCUGCCAUCCCAGCAUGAUUGCUUUGUAAUUAAUGUUUGUGUACCCCAUGGUAGCAUGAUUCAUAGAUGCUAGCUUGUCCAAGAUGUGCUGCAUUAUUGACUUCACCUUAUCAUCAUUAUUAUAUGAUGUGUUUUAAUCUAAGACAAUAAAGCGAUAUAUAAACAAGCAUUUCUUGGUGAAGACCAGAGAAAUCAUCUGUAUGCAAUGUAGACAGUCAGUCUUUCACUGUGUAAUCUGAUUACUCACUUUCUCUUUACAAUGAGGCUUGCACAUUUUUUCUCAUUAUAGCAGUGCUGGUUAACCUUCGGUUCCUCAGGUGUCAGUUCUGUUCAAUAUGAUGCUCAGCCAGCCAUUUGACUUAGAUGCCAAAGGUUAACCAUUUCUACAUUCAAGCCUGUUGAAAAAUGUCACACAUGGCCCGCUGCCUGUCAGCAAUAAUCUAGCUGUGCCUGUUUUGUUGCUUCUUGCAACAGGUAAAUACUGAGCCAUAUUUAAAAUGUUUUGUCUUCCUGCAUUAUUACUGCAGUUAUUUGACCACUAUAUUGCAGGAAGAAUCCUUCACAAGGCCAUCCUUGUUUUGGUAAAUAAUUGGUAAUAGAGAGUGACCAUUGCUUUAUAAAGAGCAGUAUUAUGGAGUGGUUUUCCUUAUUCGGGUACAAUAUCUACGCCAUCAAAUAUUGAUUAACAAUGGGAUGUUGAUUUUAAGCUAUAACAUUUGCCCAAAUCUGACCAUCUUAAAGGGAAAAGCAUUGCUCUGGGUGUCAAAAGCAGCAAAUACAGCUGUGUACACCCAAAGUCAACAGUGCUGGGGAUUAGAUUUCUGUUUUGAUUUAUGGUUUUCAUAAUGGCGCCUUAUACUUAACUAAGCCCUGACCAUUUAGGAACUUGACAGCAGUUCACAGUGGUCAUUAACAUCAGCUGGUGUGCAAAUAUUUUCUAUUAAAGAAAGUGUGCUGGGUUUACUAGAUCUUGCUAGCUUAUUUGUUUUAUGUUGUUUCUUGCGCUUUGAGACUAGGGGUCAAAACACAACUUUGGUUCAGAAAUACAGUAUUUGUGAAAUGUAGAUGGGUAAAGGUUGGAAAUAGACAUAUGUCUGCCAAUCAGUUGUGCAAGCCAUUGUUGCUCGCUGUGGCACCUAAAGAUAGAAUUUCAACAUCUUUGUAAGUCAAGACUAAGAUUGCAACACAGCUAAAUGAAAUUUCCAAAAGUAUCCAAAUAUCCAUCUUUUAUAGAAAGUGUACCUCUAGAGGUAAUUGCCACCUUGCUUAUGAAAUGAAGGGUGUAUUGAUAAAUAUAACUUAAUCUUUUAAAGCCAGCAACACCACACUGAAAAGGAAACAGAUCCCUAAAACAUUCAAGAUUUUUGCGUGUUUUAGGCUAAUAUAGCUGAGUUGGAAAAAUAGAAUAGCUGUUUUGGACUACAAUUGCAACAUGUCUAGUGAAUUCUCCACAAUUCAUGGUUUAGUGUAUAAGAGUGACAUGUUGUUCCUGAAUGUAACACAGGAACUGCACUCAGUCUUCCGACCUUCGAACCAGGGUGCAACCAGAUCCGGGUUCAGCACUAAAUCCCAAAUAUAAUACUUCAAAAGAAAGGAAAGGGGCACUCCAAAGGUUCAAUUUCAGGCAAUUUAUUGUCACCAGAAUGUGCAAAGCAACGUUUCGACCAGUCUGGUCUUUAUCAAGCUGACAAACACAAUUGUAUAGCACACAUAAUUACAACAAUUAAUCAAUAAUACUUAAUACAUCAAUCAGAGUAAUUAACAAAUUAAAUACAUCCACCAAUCACUGUAUGGAUUCAAAACAUGUAGGAGACUUCAUAGAGAAUUAAAACCAUAGAUACAAUGAAGCACAUCUGAUAAAAAGGGCAAUUGUUUUCCAAACAUACUUGAUUAAUUAAAUACAAUCAAGCAUAUCUGAAAAGGAAGGGGAGAAGAAUCACCCACCAAACACACUUGGGAUGAUACACACAUGAAAAGGGCUCUAAAGUAAUACAUGCUAUAGCAAUGCAUAUGUAAAUAAAGAAUUAUUCGAGAAUUUUAUGGCACAAAAGUCUCCCACAAUAUAUACAAUGUUGUUCCUGUAUAGCAUGAAAAACAAUGUGUUGAGCAAAUUCUGCACAUGCUUUAGCUGCACACACAGAGUGUUCUGUAAAACAUUAAAGGCAAUGUUUACAGCAGUUUCGAGGCUGUACAGGCCGCACAUCUCAUCACCCUAGCUGUGCUGCAUGUUUAUACUCUUAGCGACAGUGAAAAUCCGUUCACUCCAAUGGCAGGCAGAUGUGUUUACUGUCAAUAUCCAUGAACUAUUGGUUUGUAGAGAAAGAAACCCAUUUUAAUGUUUUCAAAUAAACAUAUGUGGGAAACAAAUGUCUGUGUAUGGCACUGGUGAUAGUUUUUAGACAAAAAAACUAAUAAAAGGUAAGUGUUUUAAUUGCAUACUUAAUAAGAACCAAGAGUGCUAGCUUUAUCCUAUUAUUGUAUAUUGUUCUUCUUAUGUCUGUGAGUGCAAGUCUUUUGUCUUUUGUCUUUUGUGUGUGUGUGUGUGUAUGUAUGUGUGUGUGUAUGUAUAUAUAUAUAUAUAUUGGAAAGACCGGCACUCAAGGAGUUUUAACAGCCUUUACUGUGUAAAGAUAAAUCAACGUUUCAGCUUUCAUCAGGACAAGCAGGGGUUUGACAUAUUUUUUAUAUAUAUAUAUAUAUAUAUAUAUAUAUAUAUAUAUAUACAUACAUACAAUCAGCUAAAAUUCGUAUCUUGUGAUACCUUUUUUUUAUUGGACUAACAGUAUUUUUUAGUUAGAUUAUUAAUAAUUGUCAGGUGCUUAAAUUUUGUUGAAGAGUUGAUAACAGGAAGAACUAUGCUCAUACACUUUUUUUCUCAAAAAGAAUAGUUUAAUUUUCCUGCUGUUUCCUUUGAAUACUCUUACUGCCUCAGAGGUUCAGAGUUGCUAUGUACUGUAAGUUGUGGAAAAUUCAUUGCAGACACAGUUUCGUGAGAGACAGCAGAACAAUGAGAUAUUAUCUGUAUCACACUCCUAUCUCUGCUUAUCUUCAAACUUACAUUUGACUCUCCCAGUCUCUGCAGUCCUUCAAAAAUCCUUAAAGGACCACUCUAGGCACCCAGACCACUUCAGCUUAAUGAAGUAGUCCGGGUGCCAGGUCCAGCUAGGGUUAACCCAUUUUUUUUUAUAAACAUAGCAAUUUCAGAGAAACUGCUAUGUUUAUAAAUGGGUUAAGCCUUCCCCCAAAGCCUCUAGUGGCUGUCUCAUUGACAGCCGGUAGAGGCGCUUGCGUGCUUCUCACUGUGAUUUUCACAGUGAGAGCACGCAAGCGUCCAUAGGAAAGCAUUGAUAAUGCUUUCCUAUGCGACCGGCUGAAUGCGCGCGCAUUCAGCCGAAGGGGAGGAUUGGAGGAGUAUCGGAGGAGAAGAGAUCCCCGCCCAGCGCUGGAAAAAGGUAAGUUUUACCCCUUUUCCCCUUUCCAGAGCCGGGCAGGAGGGGGACCCUGAGGGUGGGGGCACCCUCAGGGCACUAUAGUGCCAGGAAAACGAGUAUGUUUUCCUGGCACUAUAGUGGUCCUUUAAAACACUCCUUUAAACACUCCUUUAAAUCAGCUCUCCCCUGAAUUCCUCAUCCCUUGCAAUCAUUCUCUGCCAUUUCCCAUGUACUGUGCCCUGCUCCCUCAUCUCUCAGGUACAUACAGAUCAUCUAAAGGGUUACUCCAGACACCUAAACUACUUUAGCUUGCUAUAUGUGCUUUAAGUGUGAAGAGUGUGGUUUGUUUGUUUUUUUGGGGUUUUUUUCAUUUUACAAAAUAUGCAGAUUUCAAUAGAAAUUGAUACUUUUAUAAAUUUGGUUACACCCCUUUGGCUUUCAAGCAGUCAACAGGUAAUGUUACUUCCUGGUUAUGUUGGCUUAAUGCACUCAACCUCAAGAGGCAGCAGUUACCCAGAGCACCUGACUUACAAAGAAUUCUCAUUAAGCUGUAUUGUGCGCCAGUUAGUAUCCAUAAAGGUAUAAAUUAUUUUACUCAGUACAAUGACAUGUGCUAUGAGUAGAAAAAUAUUUACAGUUUGGAUUAUCAAUGUUCUUCUGGAAAGUGAGCUCCCAUCUUUAUUACAGUAUUGGAGGACUAUAAGUCAAUGUGUUUGUGGCACGCUUUGCGGUGGUUUGCCAUGUAGUUGAAAACUGCAACGCUACAUAAGAAAACUGGAAAAGGCAAUAUUUGGUUAUUCCAAAUAGUGUAGUCUGUGUCUGAGAGACAAUGUGAGGUUUACUGUGCUUUACUACUAGUUUUAUAGAAAUUAUUUUUACUGCCCGUUUAAGGUACUCCUUGCAUUACAUUAUUUGGUCUGGAAAAUGUAUGGGACACAUGAAGGGGAGGGGAGAGGGAGGAAUGGACACGGAGGGGGAGAGGGAUAAAUGGGACACAUGGAAGGGCUGAGGGGGGAGAGGGAAUGGGACACAUGGAGGGGCUGAGGGGGGGAGAGGGAAUGGGACACAUGAAGGGUCUGAGGGGGGAGAGGGAAUGGGACACAUGGAAGGGCUGAGGGGAGAGGGAAUGACACAUGGAAGGGCUGAGGGGGAGAGGAAUGGGACACAUGGAAGGCUGAGGGGGGAGAGGGAAUGGGACACAUGGAAGGGCUGGGUGAGAGGGAAUGGGACACACAUGGAAGGGCUGGAAGGGGGGAGAGGGAAUGGGACACAUGAAGGGCAGAGGGGAGAGUGGAAUGGGACACAUGGAGGGGGCUGAGGGGGGAGAGGGAAUGGGACACAUGGAGGGACUGGCUGAGGGAAUGGGACACAUGGAGGGGCUGAGGGGGAGAGGAAUGGGACAUGGAGAGGGGCUGAGGGGGGAGAGGGAAUGGACACAUGGAGGGGCUGAGGGGAGAGGGAUGGCAUACGGGAGGGGCUGAGGGGGGGAGGGAAUGGCAUACAUGGAGGGGCUGAGGGGGAGAGGAAUGGCAUACAUGGAGGGGGCUGAGGGGGAGAGGAAUGGCAUACAUGGAGGGGCUGAGGGGAGAGGGAAUGGCAUACAUGGAGGGGCUGAGGGGGGAGAGGGAAUGGCAUACAUGGAGAGGCUGAGGAGGGAAAGGGAAUGGCAUACAUGGAGGGGCUUUGUGGUCGAGGGAAUGAGACACCGGGUGGAUUCUAGUUACGCCUUUGAUUGUCAUUAUGCCACAUCACAAACCAUUAUGUAAAAUACAUCACUUCAGCACAGGGGAUAAGUUUUGAGAAUUCAUUUAGAGAUUUGUAGAAAAGUUUCCUGAAACAUACAUAUUGUGCAAAUAAAUUGUAGAAAUUAAAAUGCCUUAAUAAUUUGGGAUUCCAAUAUCAUACCAAAAAGGAUUGUAAUUUUUUUUCUGAAGUUGGUGAUAAGGCACAAGUUUCUCGGUAGAAAAAUCCAAACCAUACUAGUUAGGAGGAGAAGUUACUAGCACAGACAGAAUAGCCCUUUUGUAAAAAAAACAAAAAAAAACGCAACCCUCCCCCCCCAAAAAAAAAAACCUCUAUUGAGUUUGAAUGCAUGUCUUGUGCCUUAAAGAUCGAACAUCCAUUGCAAGUGGUCCCCUAGCUAAAUCUAUCUUCUAUCAUUAAAAACUGCCACAUACAGUGCUUUGAAAACAAAACAAUUAAUUGACUUUUUAAUUAAAAGCUUACAUAAUUGGGUUUCAGUUAAAGGUAAAUUAUACCCUUAGGAUUUAUGCGUUUAGUUUGUCAUCGGUUGUGACUUUGAGUUUAAGCAACUAUCCUUCUGUCUGUCUUAACCUAGAAAUGGGCCACCUUUGCAAUCCAAGGAUAAAGCUCAUGGUCUAUAAGUCUUACGGCUUAAGACACGUUUUCCAGAAAAGUCUAUGUUGCUAAGCUCGGCCAACAUUGAGCUUUUCUGAUGUUUUUCAUUACAUAGGUAUGUAAUAGUUUUUGUCAUAGUUGUCAUAAUUUUUUGGGGAUUUAAGGAUAUAAGUGAAUCACGUAGUUUGGGAAUAGUCCAUCUCUGAGUAGAAUUUAGUCUUUGCCCCAAUGAUGUCUCUUUUAACUAACAUAUGAUUUGGAGAUAAUGAAUAUCAAUCCAAUUGAAUUUAAAAGUAAAAUUUUAAAUCUCACUGUUUCUACUGCCUUUGGCUUCAAAGGCUUAUUGAAGUGUAGUUUCCUUACAUUUUAGUUAUAAAUAAACACAAAUACAUUCUUAUUCUCUCUAUCCUUACAAUUUAAAGGGGUACUCCAAGAAUCAUCUUAUUUCAUAUUUUAAGCCCUGACUACUGUUCCAGACGAAUUAUCGUUGAAUGGAUAGAUACAUACUGUAUCAUGAUAGUAACUCACAACUAAUUGCCCCAGUACUCAAUCUAGUCUGUUCAUUAUAAGGUGCCACGUUUGUUUUAUAAUCUUCUUUAAGUUUGCAGUGGUGCACCAAAGGGGAUCAAACCCUAUAAAAUAAGCAUAGGUUGUUAUGGUGCUUAGAGUGACCCUUUCAAUUUUCUGUCGUUUUUAUAUCUUUAGUCCAGUGUGAAAUUGGCUGAUAUAUAUAUAAAAUAAUGGUAUCAAAACCCCAUGCAACACUGUUUUUACACACUGCGCAAAAUUCUAGUAAUCCUUCACUGUCACUGUGCAUGGAAUCUUUCUCCCUAGCACGAUGGUCCCUGACGAUGGACCACUAGGCAUCUCUAGACCACUGUGUGAACCAAUACCUCGAUUACACAAAGAUUAAAGCCUGCGUGCAUGCUUGUUACCCAAUUUAACACUGCAGAAGUACCUUUAUUUCUUCCAUUCUCCAUCUCUGAGGAUGGGGAAAUCACACUGCGCCUAUCCAGCACUAAUAAUAAAGCACUAAAAAUAAAUAAGUUAAUAAACAUUACUGUGUGACAUAUUGUCAGACCUUCCAUACUUCCUUGAUCUAUUGCAUGGUUUUCCUAAUAAAACUUGGAAAAUAUCCCAUACGAAGGAUUCUGCUAUUAUUCUGUAUAGUGUUGACUCAGCCAAGAGUUCUCUGGCAGAGAUUCUCCCCAGCAAGAUUAGCAAAUAUAUCAGGGCAAUUUGGCUGCUUUUUGCAUACACUGGCAGGCUUGCAGUAUGUGUUGGGAAACAGGAGUCACUGGAUGGAAGACACGGAGCAAACCAAACUUAAAUGAUCAAACCAUAGCACCUUAUGCACCUAAUCAUUUGUUUAAUUAUAAGUGGCUCCUUAUUGUAAGCAUGUUUGCUGCAGGCUUCUCUGUGCCUUGUUUCUGAAAAUCUAAUGUUAUUUGUCAUCCUUUUGUUGCUGUUAUGUUCACAGUAGAGCCUCUGGUACAUUAUAUGUUUGUGCUAUAGCUGUAAUUAUAAUAUAAAAGGGGGUGCUGGUUGAUGUAAAAUCGAAUGCAAAAUAAAGAAAAAGAGGUAAAUGUCUACAACAAAUAUAAAAUGUGUAAGUAUCUCAGUGCAGUUUCAUUACUUGUAUAUUGUUUAGAUCUGCUAAGGGAUUGGAGCUGAAAUUAUGUUAUUGAAUGUUAAAGUAUUUUAAAUGCUGAGAAAGGGUUUAAAGGAACAUUCUAAUGUUAAAAAUAAAUAUGCACCGCCUUUCGUCUAUCAACCUGUCUCUGGGCCAACGGAAUACUGCAGACACGCUGGUUGGUAGAUGCGAUUGCUGCUUGCUGUUGGCAAGCAGCAACAGCAUAUGCUGCUAACUGAUUGGGGCUGCAUUGUUUUGGCGCAUAUUCGCGUCAUCAUGUUGUUGCCGGCGGAAAUCUAGCUAUCUGAUUGGAGUGGGGCUCCUUUUUCCACUAAACAGCUCCAUAGAAGUACAGAGCUCAGUCACUCGUUCUACUCUCCCUAUUUUAGUCAUGGUAUUUUUUGUUGUUAGUCAUUAGAGGGGAUAGAUAUUUUCAGAUGAUUUUAAUAGGCAUUCGGGCUAUUUUCAUUUAUGUCGGACUGGCUUUGGUUCUGUUAUUAAUACUAGUUAUUUGAACGGUUUUAAUUUAAAGUUAUUUAUAAGUAUAUAUGGUAAGAUUUACACCAUCCCAAAUUUUAUUUUUUAAUAAUUUGGUUGUUGUAAUUUUUAUCAUGGCCCAAAACUAGUCAUUGUGCAUGGCCUAACCUUUAAUGCCACAAAUAAAAUGCUGCAGCUUUACCGUGUUAAAACACUUUUUGUAUACAUGCAUUGCCAAAUUCACCCGCAGUUAGAUCAACAGUCUGGUAAAAUCAGAUAAUGCUUGGGAUGCAUUGCAAAUUUAUUGUUUACAUUAUCUGAGAACAGCAUUAACAUCGUUAAUUGCCCAUGACUGACCAGAGGCUGGCCCUUCCUCCAUGGCUGAGAUCAUGGGAGGCCUUUGUACAUCCGUGGCAAAAUGCCACACUGCACCAAUCAGCAUGUACUCAUAGAGAUGCAUUGAAUCAAUGCAUAUUUAUGGGGAAUGUUUAGCGCCUCCAUGCAGAGCACUGCACACUGGGAAGCACUGGAAUAGGAAGUACCUCUAGUGGCCAUCUGAGUGACUGCCACUAGAGGUGUUACAAGGCUGUGUUUACAUUGAAAUGUCUGCAGGCACAGGCUAUAGACACAAGAAACACUACAUUAACCCCUUAACGCCGUUACGGCAUUCUAUGCCGUCGCGGCUUUAAAGGGCUUUAACCCCUUAAGGCCCAAACUUCUGGAAUAAAAGGGAAUCAUGACAUGUCACACAUGUCAUGUGUCCUUAAGGGGUUAAAGCCGCUGCGGCGGCAUAGAACGCCGUAUCGGCUUAAGCCCCCAGGAUCUCGGCGGUACUCCCCCGGCGAAUGAGGCCCCCGGGGGCCAUGUGAUCGCUCUCAAAUAGCUGGCUGUGGAUCUGCCAGCAGGGGGACUGUCUGAAAUGUCAGACAGUCCCCCUGCUGGUGGGAAAGUAAUAAUAAAAUAAAAAUAAAAUUAAACAUGUUUAAAAAUAAAUAAAUAUAUAUGUGUGUGUGAAACGUCAUACGUAAUGUAUUUUAAUAUUAAUAUAAGUAUAUAUAUAUAUAUAUAUAUAUAUAUAUAUAUAUAUUAAUAUUUAAAUAUACUUAGAAUGACGUUAUAUAUAUAUAUAUAUGUAUAUAUAAUAGAUAUAUAUACAUACGUAUAAUUACAAUAAUAAAUUAAAUAAUAAAAUAAAUAAAAUAUUGAAACAAAAUUUUACUAUAAAUUAUAUAUUCAUAUGUAAUUUCAUUCUAACUGUAUUUUGUUAUUAAUAUAUAUAUAUAUAUAUAUGUGUGUGUAACAAAAUACACUUAGAAUGACAUUCUCUCUCUCUCUCUCUCUCUCUCUCUCUAUAUCUAUAUCUAUACACACACAUAUAAUUACAUAAAAGAUUACAUUAGUAUACACGUAGAAUUUAGAUACCUAUAAAUGCAUAUAUAUUAAAAUUCUACGUGUAUAUUUAAGUAAUCUUUUAACAUAAUUGUGAUUUAAUUAUUUUCAUUUAUGUCAUAAUUGACUAUAAUUGACACUAUAGUCACCAGACCACUACAGCCUAACCCCUUCAGGACGGAGUAAGUAGUGCACGUUCUGAUCAAAACAAAACGUAAACAAAAACUGGAAUUUGCGCUAUAUGUCUGAUCAACUGUUAUUCGCCUCUUUCAUAUUAAAUGCACCCACACUUAUUAUAUAUCAUUUAUCAAAACAAAACGUAAACAAAAACUGGAAUUUGCGCUAUAUGUCUGAUCAACCGUUAUUCGCCUCUUUCAUAUUAAAUGCACCCACACUUAUUAUAUAUCAUUUACAAAAUGAACAAAAUGAUAUAUAAUAAGUGUGGGUGCAUUUAAUAUGAAAGAGGCGAAUAACGGUUGAUCAGACAUAUAGCGCAAAUUCCAGUUUUUGUUUACGUUUUGUUUUGAUCAGAACGUGCACUACUUACUCCGUCCUGAAGGGGUUAGGCUGUAGUGGUCUGGUGACUAUAGUGUCAAUUUAAAGUCUGUUAUUUUUGUUGUUAAAAAUAAAGCUUUGUUAGUUUAAAAAAAUAAUAAAAAAGAAAAGGCUCCUAACUUCUUUAGCUGGCUCCUAGAUUCAAAACAAAUUUAUCAAGCCCUGCUUGUUAUUUUAUAUCCCCUCUAUACAUUUUUGUAAAGCAUUACAGAAUAUGCUAGUACUAUAUAAAUUAUAUGUAAAGAUGUAGCAUGUUCUUUUUAUUUUUAUUAACCUUCAAUGUCCAUGAGUGAUUUUGUAAAUUUGAAGCAGUAUUAUACAUACAAAAUUAUUCAUAUUGACCUUAAAUAAAACACUGCAUUCACAUACUUGCACGUAUUUCCCCUUUUGUACACCAUAUUAACAUAUUGGCUUUUACAUACUAUUUUCUGUGGCUGUCCAAAAGAUUUGAAAUUUAAUGCCAGUCAGAAGAUAUAGACACUAAAUCACUGAACAUUUACCCCCCAAAAUAAUAGUUUACUUUGUCAAUUGCAUGCUUAUAGUUCUUUCCCAAAGCAUGUGCUCAUAUUCCUAUAUUUAACCACAUCUGACAAUGAGCGCUUUCUCUAACUGAGAUGGACUUUUGGUUUGACAGAUGCACGCUUUCCCUGUUUUACAGUUUAUUGUGACCUAUGUUUAUACUAUAAAGGCUUCAGUUAUUCUACUGCAACAUUUUAAUCUGUUUACAAUUGUGAACAAAAUACUUUCUUUCUCUUAAUUGUUGAACUUAAAUGUUAUAAUGUCUAUACAGAAAGAAAAUAUAUAUUUUUUUAUUAAUGUUUUGAAAGAAGCAACUGUCUGCUAAAAAACUGCCCCAUGCUUAUUGACUUAUGGGUUGGCACGGAACAUAUUUAUCGGCCCCUGUAGCUGUUCUGUACUUGGGCAAUGAUUCAGAACGGAAUACAAUUGUGCAGAAUUGUAAUUGUGUAAUUAAAAGUAAUUUUGGGUUGAUGAUCUGCGUGGCUCUUGAAACAUGGUUUAAAGGCUUAAUAAGUUUAGGAGAGGUGCUUUGUGGAACUCUGGAUCUUGCAGGUAUAACGUGUUCGAUUCCGUAGCUUUACCUGGUUAAAGGAUGUUUUUUUUUUUUUUUUUUUAAAUGGACAUGUUUUGUAGUGGACAAAGUACUCAUCAUUAAAAUUCUAAAUAGGUAAUAUGACAACAGCUGCCACUAAUUGCCGGUUCCAGUAUUUUCCUCUCUCUGGAGUGGCCGAUGAACAUUAUUAUAAUUAUUGAUGUACGUAGACCAUUCUGCUAAAAGCAUAUCUCAUUACAUUUUAAUUUUCAUGUAUUGGGUUUCCUGGAGUAUUAUAUUCAAUGUUUGUAUGUAUAUCUUUUCUAGCUAAUUAUAGAUUUCUUUUCCAUUUUCUGUCUCAUGUUUUCAGUUAUUUUUAUAUAUUUUAAGUAUCUCCGAUUUUUAUUUUAUUUUUUUAUUUUUUUUUUGGACUCUGCAAUGGUUAAAAAUUAUUUCAUAUUGUACUGCCUAAAUAUUUAUAUUUCCCUAUUAGUGGUUACAGAAGGCAUGUUUGGUAUCAGUUGGUGGAUUUGUGUGAUUGAAGAUGUAUACAUUGUGCCCUUAUGUCUGUAAAUAUCUUUAUCAGGGCUCGACAGAUCCCAGGUAGAAAUUUUGUCCUGGCACCUGAGAUUUUGUCCUAGUAGCCCUUUAGCGAUGGCCGUCCACCCACACAAGGCAAAAUUUUGGGGGAAUCUAGGAUUGUUCCGCAUUGUUCCCCCAUCCUGCCUUUAGCUAAAGGGCUUCAAAUCCCAGGCGCCAGGACAAAAUUUCUAGUCGCCAUGGUCACCUGGCGCCUGGGAUUUGUUGAACCCUGACUUAACACACCUUUAACAUCUCUUUAUUUAGACAAGUGUGUAUUUGUUAACUGUUUUGAGACACUAAAUAAACCGCUUUUCUACUCAUGGACUUCUAACUAUAUUUAGCAGAUUAACUCCAAUAUUUCUCCUUUGUGUUUUUUUUUGUAGAUUGGAAACAUAUCUUUGAUCCUUUUUUCCUGUUCCAAAUAAAGUUUCUAAUUUUAAUAUUUUCUCAUUCUUCGCAUAAAGCAUCAGAGUUGAAAAAGAUUCCAGUUUUAGCUUGCAUAUCAAAAUAAUUUGCUAGUUCUAUGCAAUUAAUAUUUCAGUGAAUAAACUGCUUUCUGAUAUCAGGCUAUAGGGUGUUUUAAGACCUAUUCCUACCCAAGCUCAAGAUUUAGCCUUGAUAACAUACUAUCCUUUAGAAUUACUGACAUGUUAGCUGCUGCCAAUAAGUCUACACUAUCACAGUCACACUGUUCUGAUAUUUGUCAACAGCACUUUUGACAUUAUUAGUUCAACAACAAAGUCACCACAUUCUAAAUUAAGCCGCUCAGCUUAAACGUUCCCAAUCACUCUGAAGAAUUUAUCAACACAUUAAUAGAACCAUAUUUUCUUUAUAGAAUUCAGCAGCCAAAAUGACUCAUGUCACUGAAAAAUAUUUUUGUUAAAGGGAUCCUAUAGUACCAGGAAAACAAAGCAGUUUCUGGCACUAUAGGUUUUUAAGUUCCACCCCUCCUUUCCCUGCUUACCUGAAUCCAGCGCCAAUGUCCCUCGGUGCUGGGUCAGGCUCCGCCCACGUUCCUCCCCUUCCAACGUCAACUGUCAGACAUGGUGCCUGGAGUCUGUAUGUGCAAAGAUUAGGCCCUCUGCUGCCAGAAGUGUAACUGCUCCUUAGCAGUAUCAUUAGUCAGCCUGGAAAUAGAGUUCCUGGCUGGCUAAUGUUAAUUCUGUGCUUAUUUCUGUGCACUGAAUUUCAUUCAUCGGCUGAGAGUGGUCAGCUUGUGCUCGUAGCCAAUAAAUGGCCAACAUAAUUGGCAUCUGGAUUCAGCAGCUCCUUAAAGGAGACUAGGCCCCUGGCAGAUCCAAGUAAGAAGGCAAACCAGUGCGUAACAAAUUGCCUCCUUACUGGGAAAUGUGGCCAGGGUAUUCAUUUUAUUAUAAUUACUACAAUGGGCGUAGUGAUUAUGAUGCUUGGAAUAACCCUAUAACUGACACCUUGAUUAGUUUGGCAAAUGGUUUUGCGCAUUCGCGCAGAACAAGCAUCAAAAAUCCAUUAUGUUAACAUGAAGAAUGCCACCAGUUUCUAAAAAAAAUAAUAAUCCUGGUUGAUCAAUUAAAGCAAACGAAGCACAAAUAAGUGCUGUUUCAUUAACAUAGCAUUGCAAAACCGAUGACACAACAAAUGCACAUGUACACUAAAAUAUUCAGUUUGAGCAUGCUUAAACAUACACGCACAUUAGUGUUGAUUUUGAAAACGCCAAAAGCUUAUUAACAUCUAUAACACCUGUCAUCUAUCAUCAUUGCCGCUGCACUACAAAAGUAGCCAAACAGAUAGGUCAGAUUUUGCCUGUUAAGUUAAUAAUGCAUUUUAAUGUUACUUUCAGAAAAGAUUGUGACUUUAUUGAAAUGUGAUCACAUUGAAAACACACACUAGUUUCUGCUAGUUAUCGGAACUAGAUUGUGAGCAAGCCAUUUUUAGGCCAUCUACGUUAUGCUGAAUAACACACUGUUGCAUGAUUUUAUUUAAAAGCUAUCUUAAAUAAUGAGGUGGCAGUACGUUUAUAAGUUGAUUUGCAGUCUUCCAAGACAUUCUUCAUUUUUCGUUAUACAUGUAAAAAAGGUCACAGAGCACUAUGCUAUUAUGCUCAUUGCAUAGUUCAUGGUUCACAGAGGGUCCUUGCUGCUCUCUGAAUGCAUAUGGUUGCUUAGAACUGAAGCAAUUUGCAGAACUCACUGCAGCUAUAAGCUUGCCCCUUUGGUCUUGUAGCGCUAUAAUGCUUCUAAUGUACAACUCCAUUUACAAAAUAAAGAGCUGUUGGUAAUCCGAUAGCAGCCUUAGUGUAGCAUAUUCAGCAGUCCCACUCAUCUCAUUUUAUUAAGGAUACUGCUUCUGGGAUCUGAUCGACAUAUCCCAUCUACCUCUGCUGGUUCAGGUGGUUAUCAAAUAAGUUCAGAUCUCAUAGACCAGAGUAAGAGUAUCCUGAUUGCAGGUCAUGCUGUUUACAAGCAAUUGAAGGAACUUUUUAUUUUAUUUUUUUCAGCUAAACGUUUAUUGAAGAAAUUUUCUUCUUUAGUUAAGCAAUACCUGAAAAAUAUGAUGUAUACACACAAAGCUCACAAAUUCUACAAUAUGUAUACAAGGAAAUCUGAAAAUAUCUCUGAAUUGGAACCAUGAAUCCACUCUGCCAGGCAUCAUAUAAUUGUAGAAAUAAAAAUUACAAAUGGAGAAAAUCCCAAAAUAGGGAAUUAAAAGAAAAUGGACAAUAUUAAAGGAUUGUAACAAGAAAUGAGAUGAAACUGAAGAAAGGAUAGUAGAGGAAGUUGUUGGGUAGUAAAGACACUAAACAUUGAGAUCUUUUGCAGCCUAGAGUUUCCCUGUAAUUAUUUAAAAACUUGUUUUAGUUAGUUAGUGAGAUUCCAUCAUUUCGGUGUAAACCGUCCACAGCUCAAUAAACUGAAAUUCUCAGCAUUUCUUCACGGAUUACAUUUAGGAGCAGCAACCAUUUUCAUUUGAAAUAAUUUAAUCUGUAAUGCUUUCUUUGUAGAUCUCAUGCUUUUCCUGUCCAAGGAUGAUGAAAUAGUUAACAUGUUAUCAAUCUUCUUCUGCUUAUCAGCUUUUUAAUACAGUGGGUUGGUCCAUAAAGUUUUAUGCCUGCAUUAGUGUGAAUGCUUACUGCUAUCUUAUCUGGAUUUAAUUGCCCUGGCUAGCUCCUGUACAGCCAGUUAUCUGUCACCAAAUAGCAAUGUCUGCCAUGACAGAGUGGCACUAAAUAAAUCAUUAGGCCUUAUUCAUUAAACAGUAGAUGGAGGUGAGUUGAAAAACACUUGGCCCUAUGGCUAUCUAGUAAUGCAUUUUCAGUUCUUAUCAAGUGUGUGAAUUUAAGACACUGCCAAGGUAUGGCAGAGACACCUCUUUAUGGAAGCCACAUGCUCCCAAAUCACAGAUUACAAGUAGUAGGUGUGUUCACUCUGGAUAUAUUCAUUUACUAGUUAACGCUGCAAACUAUGCAUCCCAGUAUAAAUGCUGUAGUUGGUAUUUAUCUUACUCAUUAAAAGUUGCUGUUUUCCAGAUAAUGCUUUCCAUUAGAAUUUAGGUCAGGCUUGGAACCGAACCACUAGGCCUGACUGAAAGGAGUGGUACUUUAUUGAUAGUAACACAGUCAGCCUUAUUUGAUAAAGUGAAAAUUUAAAGUCAAUUUUAUGGCCAGAGUAAACAAAGUGGGAGCAUAGCUGAUUUUUCCAGUUUUGGUUAUUUUGACCUUAUGCUUUAAAUUCACUUUGAAUUCUCACUUUAGUAACUACGUCUCAAUAUAUUUCUGCACUACUUGCCGCAAAAUAAAGACUACACUUUUUUUCCCGAAAUGUUGGUCAUCUUUGAGAAAAUUAAAUGUAAAUCAUAUGAGCUGUUCUCCAUGGAUUGUAUCCUUAGUAAUUUGGAGAACCUUCAGAUAUCUCAACCCAUGAGGACAUAUAUAAGUACUUACUGGGUUAUUCACUAAAGUGUGCAUUGUUUUUAAAGCCAAAAUAGCUGAUUUUUUUUAUAGUUUGGCCAAAAUUUGAAAUUUCUUUUGAAGUUCUGUUUAUUAGUGGAUAGCCCUGAUUAAUCUCAAUGAAUAACCCUAUUUAAAAAACAAAACAAAACAGAUUUUGCAAACAUUUUGAAUAAACAUUUCAUUUGAAUAAACAUUCAUAAACCGUUCAUUUGACUGUGGUUGCUUAAUUUAGAACUGAUUGAUGUAGUUGUAAAUUAGUGUAUGUAGGUCAGUAAAAUCUACAGCAGGUGUUUGGUAGGGUGAAGGUCGAAGAAACUUCGGUUAAUUGAGCUGUAUUGAAAACGGAAUCCAGCAUUAAUGAUUGGUGUGUGAUAGCAAUAGACCAGCACUCCAUGCCUCACAUUAUCUACUUAUAUCCAUAGCUGCCCUAAGCACAUCCUUUGUGCAUCCUUGUACAAUUUCAAUAAUACCUAUUAGUUGUAUUUCCUGCCUUACAGGAAGGAUAUCCUAUAUUGUGUUUCCUGUUUAGCCAGACACUGCAGUAGUCCGUUUAAAUUUCAGUUUUAACCUUUUCAGUGCCACAGAAUAUAGGAUGGUUUCCUUUUUUUCUUUUCAUAUGUAUGAAAACAUAUCUUUGCAUUUAUUUUUAAAAUUCUAUUUUUUUUCUUUCUUGGAAAAAUAUCCCAUAUAAAAGAACAGCCAAUUGAUUCUUGUUGAACUAGUUGCCCGAAUGAGAGUAUCUCAUUUGUCCGCCCCAGUAUAAGACACUGUAUGAUUUUCUUUUUUUUAUUUUUAUUAUUCUUUAUUUUUGUUGUGCACAAAUAAUCAGUCUUACGCUGUCACAACAGCAGGAGCAAGAGUAUAAACACAUAUAGUAUAACCGUGGCAUUAGAUAUAACUGCACAUUUUAAGUAGAGAUGCUCAGUGCAUACAAAAGCAUGUCGUACAGUGUUCUGCCUUACAGUAGUUGUACAGUGCUUUGUCAAAUUUUAUGUUUUAUACAAAAAAUGAAAAGUUAACGAGGGUAUUAAAGCAUAAUAAAUCGUGUCUUUGCUUUUUAUAUCCAUUAGUAGAGCAUGGUUGUGGUCAGUAUGUUUUUUUUUUUUAGUAAAAAGAUGCAGAUUAUUGUUGUGAAGGUGAAUGUCUGUACCCCAGCCGGUGUGGUGGACACUGUAUGAUUUUUGAUUCUACUCUCUUACCUGUGUUAUUUCCGAUGAUCUGGUCUUAAAGGGAAAGUGUCCCUUCUGAAAUUGACACUAUUGAGGAAAACAUUGAAAAUCCACCAGUAAUUUGUAUUAACUGUUUUUAUGGUAUACUCUAGUUUCUUUUAAAUGUAUAUUUAAGAUUUAAGCACAGGGAUAAGUAAAGCCAAUAUUGAAAUUCCUAGGAAGGAAAAGUUCACCUUUAAGGACAGAACGGAAUAACAGAAGGCAGUUGUAUUUUAUUUCCUCCCCCAGACUCCUGUAUCAAUCUAUGGUUUAUUUUAAAGAUACAGUCUAAGAAUCAUCAUCACUUUGUCUUAAGCUUAAGAAGGUAGUGGUUUUGGUUUAUAGAUGAAUUUUCUCACUGCAGGUGCCUUUUUUUAUUUAUUUUUACUAAUGCCUGCCUCCCUCCCCCCCCCUCCCCCAUUAAAAUGUUUCCUAUAACAUAUCAAGUAGCAGCUUGACAUACCUGUCUGUAACCCGAAGGUUAGUGGUUCAAAUCCCAACAUCUAGCUGGUAUUUUGUUAACCCUCGUCACUCAAAGGGUUGAACAAAGUACCGCAGAAAAGCUGAUGCUUUAUUUUUAACUGGCAGUAUCAGUAGGUCAGAUUCUGUCGUAGCAGGAUUUCUAUUCCCACGAGUGUGUCUUAAUUCCAGAACAGACGCAAAAGUCAUGUAGCAAAUAUUGGUGUCUGGCUAUAUAUAGAUUCUGUGUCUAUUGCUGGAAAAGGAGCCAUGGGGGGGGGAAACAUCUAUCUUGUUUGUGUUAUGAGGUCAGUCCCAUUGGGUUACCAUCGCUCUGGAGAUAUAUCCACGGAGACUCUGCUUAAAAUAAUUCUCCGCUCUCUCUAACCUACAGUUCUGUUUUCUGAAUAGCAUCCUUGUCAAAAAAACGGCGGCAUCUAAUAUUAGCAAUCUGUCCUUUUUGUGCAUUUUUACUAAUAUUAUUUAUUUUUAUUAACAUAAACGCAAAACAUACGCAGAUGAAAAAAGAAAACACAGAUUAAAAAAAAUCAAGUAUUUUUACUUCUUGAGCGCAGGCUGCCAGAUGGCUCUGAGUUUUGGCAUUAGAGCAGAGCUAGAAGGAAUGAGAAGGCAGCUCAUUCAAAUCAGCCUGUGGGCUGCCUCAACAGAUGUUCAUUCAAAUUAGGGUCAAGAGAAAAGAGAGAUUAAUUUCUGUUACCAGGUAGGAAGGCUAACUUGGCUGCCAUCAUUAAAAAAAAAUAAAAAAAUUAAAGGAACACUGUAUUGUUAGGAUGCAUAGCUAUAUUCAUAACACUACAGUCCAGAUCUUAUUGUUUAGCUUAUGACCCCCCCCAGGUAUUAAAUAAAUUAAUAAUUAAAACAACCAACCUCCUACUCGAGGAACGCCAGGAGGAGCAUUGAGGACAUUUAGGGCAUGCACGGUGCUCACCACAUUACGCCUAAAAUUCUGCUAUAGAGAAUUAUUGAAUAUAAUUAUUCUCUAUUGCAGAUAAAUAUGGCACUGCGCAUGCACGUGACAAUUAGGUAAGAAAUCUACAAAGUAAGAUGCCGGUUCUGAUACCGAGAGAGCUUGGAUGUGUGGCUUGAAGCUGCAUUUCCAAGCCUUCUAAUUAAAGUGUUUUGGCGCUAGGACAGGGGGAGCAACACAAUACGAAUAAGUUGCUAAAGUGCCUACAAUGUUCCUUUAAAUAGAAAAGGUGUAACUUGUAUGAUAUAGGUGUAUAAUUACAUAUUUUAAAGUAGUGGUAUGAAUGUAUUUCCGGGUGGGAAGAGGUUUUGUUCUGUUUCCUUUUAAGUGAAUUGGUACAGGGCUGAGUAAAUUUCUAGAAUUGGAAUCUUCGUGUGGCUGGUUAGGUGAGGGGAAGGCAAACAAGUCUGACUUUAAGAGAUCAAUUUCACUGCUUUUAAAUCCUAUUCACUCAAAGAAGACAUAUAGUUGUCAAAAACAUGCUUGGAAUUAAACCAUUUACCUCCAGAGUUCAGGCAUCUCUGUCAAGCUGCUGCUAAGUAUGUUAUGUUAUUUUUAAGUGUAGGAACCAAGUUGUUGUUUGUUGGUAUUUUUGUUUUUAUUUUGCAUUUUAAGAGGGGGUUGCGGCAGUUUGGGGCAUUUAUUUAAAGGGACCAUAUAGGUAUAUUCAGGGCAUGAAUGAUCAGAUAGAGCAUUGAGCGAAAAAAAGUCACUUCCCAGUAAAAAAAAAGAAAAGAAAUGUAGUAAUCCACAUCUCUUUAUCCUAGUAACUGGGUACUUCCAUCUUCGCUCUCUGUGAAUCAUUGUUACAUACUCUAUCAUUUGCACCUGGCAGUGUUUCCAUUUCUCCUCUUCAUUUGUAAUGUUUGACUUUUCUGAACUGGAUUUUUAUGUAUUUUACAAAAUCUUUUUUUAACAAUUUAAGAGAAAACUAUGCAUUAGAUUAGGUGAAAAAAAGUUACAAACAUAAAGAGGGGGGGGAAAGCCAGGUCUCUGUGAGCGAGUUUGAGAUAAAAAGGUUGUGUAUGGCUGUUUAUUUCAGAUAUUUCUGCAGACAGGGCAGGCGUUCCAGAGUGCACACUGAAUAUUGUCAAAUGAGUGUAAAGGGCAAGGUAUUGCGAUGAGGUUUGUGUGGUUUCUGGUUCUCCUAGUGUGUGCAGAGGAGGUGAAGGGCCCUAGGUUUGGAGAGACUUCGCCAGCUGCUAGAAGAAGGAGAUAGUGACAGGAGGUGUGAGGUGGUUUUAUGUGCAUGGGGCUAGGAUGAGAUCGAUUUGUCGGUAGGAGAAAGUGAGCGCAGGGCAUGAGUUGAGAGAAGGGGGGCGUGUAGCAGAGAGGGGGAAAUGUAAAGGUUGUUGGGGGAAUGAGGAAAGUGGUUGUAAGAAGAGAUUUUGAUACUGAGGGAGAAGGAGGAAAUGAAGAGGAGGAGAAGACAGAGGAGCAUUGCUAAACUGGGAAAAAGUCAUUUGGAGAAAAAAAAAAUCCCUGCCCCCUUGUGUUCUGUACGUAUCUUCUGAAAUACCAUCCCACAAACUACCCAGGUGUAGGACAUUGAUGUCAGUCUACAGGAAAGUAUUUUACCAAGAUCUUACAAAGAUCUUGUGGUUUGCCGUAUUAUUCAAUUAUCAAGUAACAUUUGUUAGCACACUGAGUGUGGCAAAAUAUGGCAUAAUACACUAGGGAGCACAUUGCUGACAGAUAAAGCAAUAUUAAUAUAUACCUAUGAUUAAAAAGAGAUAUGGGAAACAUUCAAAUGCAUUGGUAAAUGUUUAUUCCUUUUUAAUCAAAGGAAAGAUGGAGGAUUGUAGAAUAUUGCAUAUUCUAUGUUUCCAUUGAUUAUGAAGGAUACAAAAAAUGGGAAAUUAAGAAGUGAUAGACAUAUCCCGAGAGGGAACAUGAAAGCAGUAAAAUGGAAACAGUGCAUUAUUGAUGACUUUGCUUUAAAUUAAUUGAUAAAUGAAAUAUCUGAUUUUCAACAGAAACAGCUAAAUUGUGGCUUAUAAAUGUAGGACUAAAAAGCUUAAAGGGACACUAUAGUCACCUGAACAACUUUAGCUUAAUGAAGCAGUUUUGGUGUAUAGAACAUGCCCCUGCAGCCUCACUGCUCAAUCCUCUGCCAUUUAGGAGUUAAAUCCCUUUGUUUAUGAACCCUAGUCACACCUCCCUGCAUGUGACUUGCACAGCCUUCCAUAAACACUUCCUGUAAAGAGAGCCCUAUUUAGGCUUUCUUUAUUGCAAGUUCUGUUUAAUUAAGAUUUUCUUAUCCCCUGCUACGUUAAUAGCUUGCUAGACCCUGCAAGAGUCUCCUGUAUGUGAUUAAAGUUCAAUUUAGAGAAUGAGAUACAAUUAUUUAAGGUAAAUUACAUCUGUUUGAAAGUGAAACCAGUUUUUGUUUUUUCAUGCAGGCUCUGUCCAUCAUAGCCAGGGAAGGUGUGGCUAGGGCUGCAUAAACAGAAACAAAGUGAUUUAACUCCUAAAUGACGGUGACUUGAGCAGUGAAAUUGCAGGGGAAUGAUCUAUACACUAAAACUGCUUUAUUUAGCUAAAGUAAUUUAGGUGACUAUAGUGUUCCUUUAAAACGUACUAAUAUAUUUAGGGGAUAUAUUGACAUAUUUUAGGAAGAGGAUUGGGGAUCCACAAAUAUGGACCUUAAACUGGGCAUAUCCUGAGCCUUGAUUAAUGGGGCAUUUUAGGGGCAAAGGAGACUGGACAUCUUUAGGUCACCAAUCAAUGGGGCAUAUUCAUGGGACCAUGAGACUGGACACCAGCUGGGCCCUGUUUAGUAGGGCACUUGAGAAAUCCAGGAGACUUGCCAUCUCCUAGGCCAUGAUAAGUGGGCCGCUUUAGAGGGCCAGGAGACUUGGCGCUUCUAGAGUUCUGAAUAGUGGGGCACUUUGGGGAUCAUUGCCCUGGAUUUUGUUUAGUGUUUUGUGUCUGGCUCAAGUUAUAUAGAAGCCCCAAAUCUGAACUGGACUUUUAGGAGGUAUGGCUAACUGUAUAUUUUGCUCUUAAUACAUCUAUAAUAAUUAUCUCAUUAAAGUGGUUAUAGUGCCUGGAGUCUUUUAGCCUUGUCUGUCCAUUCAUUGUGAAACAGGUUUUGAGUGGUUUAAUGCCAAGCAAAAGGCAUCAACAUUAUGGCUCCUGUAUGGCUGUGGGUGACCAGUGACCCUUAUCUAGUAAAAUGUUCAAAGAUUGUUUAGCAGUGCAUGGAGGGAUACCACCAGGGGACUCUAGGAACUAUAACAAAUUAAAUGAGAGUAAGUGAUUAUAGUAACAGAAGUGUCCCUUUAAUUUGUUAAAAAUAAAAUUAAAAUAAAGAUAUAGUUUGUGCUAUCAAUAAACAUUAUUCUAGUUUUACUAAAUAAUAAUGCAGUCUAUUUAUAUUUCCUUUUCCACAGGAUGA